AUGAGUCCUCCCGAACCCUCAACAACUGACCUUGACCCUACCUCUCCUGUUCCCAUGGACCUCAGCAAGCACCGGGUGACUACGGUCAUGCAAGAUUCGCAUUCCUAUCUGCCACUAUCAAAACCACUCAAGGAUGGCGACCUCCUGUUACUGCUCACACCUGGAAUCAUACCGGAUCUUGGCAGUUCGAAAAUGAAUUCAGAGACACCACUUACCAGUGACCCGUUCGAAUCCCUAGGCAAGGCAUUGGCGAAGCAUCAUCCCUGGGUUCGGCAUGUGCCCUACCUACCACGCUACGGUAUCACCGGCACACAUGUUGUGCACAUCAGGCUAGCCACGGCGAUCAUUUUCGUCCUCUCAGGUCCACCUGUCCAUGGUCAGCCCUCGCAAGUGGCACUCGCCGAGAUCACACGAAGUAUCUGCGAGAACCGACCACAUGUCAUCGUGGCCUGCUGCGACGCCCGAGAGCUGGGGCCCAUCGAAAAGUCGUUCCCGGCGAUAGUGCAGGUACCCAGCCUCGACCCGUCCGAUCUCGAAGCAGCGGCAGACGUCAUAUUCGGAGAGACCAAAAAGCGGCCACCAUCAACCGGUCCUAACCUGCAGAAUCUGGUCCUCGCCCCAAAGGCCUGGUCGGUCGAGGUAUGGAACGGGCCCCGGGACAUGGAUGCGUCGUAUGAGCUCUGGUGCCGGUGCUUCCCAGACAACUUCCACCUGAGCCGCUUCUUGUUCCAGGCGCUGUUGCGACGGGACGGGUGGGCGAUGCAUUACGUGGUUCGUGAGCCGGGGACCUCCCAGCUGCUCGGGUUUUGUGCGACGUAUACAACUUAUGCCGGGGCUGAGGAGGAACGCCUGGUCGGGUCCGUGGCUGCCUUGCUUGUGCGCCCGGCGUACCGGAAACGAGGCAUCGGGUUGAGCUUGCACAACCAUGCGCUGAGGCAGCUUACAAAGACACGUGGUGUGUGCCGGUUACAGCUUGGGAGCACGUUUCCUCGGCUGUUGUAUGGGCUUCCGAUGGACUCACCGGUGGAGGAUUGGUUUGGGCGACGCAACUGGCCUGUCCUUACCCAGUUACCGGGCCCGGGGACUGGGCAGGAGGCGUGCGACUGGCUGCUGAAGUUUGCGGAUUGGCCUAUUCCAACCGUGUUGCCACCGGGGCCGGUGUUCCGCCAGUGCGAAUUUCACGAGUUCGACAUGGUGUUGGCGCUGGUAGGGUCGGAGUCUAGGAGGAGGGACAAUGUGGGCUGGUACGACCAGUAUGCCAAGCUGGCGAACUCGAUGAACAUCCGCGAUAUUGUUGUCGGACUGGACGAAGCCGGCACGAUGGUUGCCGCGGCUUUGACAUAUGUCAAGAACACAGGGAGUCCGGUGGCCGAGGAUCUGCCUUGGACCAACAUGAUUGGGGAUGAUGUUGGCGGGGUAACGUGCGUUUGCAUUGCAGAUUCAGGUCGGCGGGGCGCUGUGAUGGUCAGACUAUUAGACAGCUGCAUUCAGCUGCUUGCUGAGCAGGGGAUGACACAGCUGUUUAUGGACGCCGUCAAGGGUGGCGAUGAGGGGUUCCCAUCUAUGGGCUUCCACAAAUGGGCAAGAUACAGAGAUGUGUGGCGGGAUAUCUAA